AUGCAUCUGUCACGACUAUUACUAGCUGCUGCAUUGGCCGCAUCCAGCGCGGCAUCCUCCAAUGUCACAAUCUAUAGUAACGAAUCAUUCGUUCCUGAUAACAGGCUACCGACGUCCCACGCGACGUCUGAUGGUGGUGAGAUCGUGAAUCUUUUCCUCCAACUAAGCCGCUCAACGACAUGGAAACUCAUCUCCAAAACCAAACUUGAAGGCGACACAGGCGAGCCCGAGGGUAUGGUGCGUGUGGGGGACUCCCGACUAUUCGUUUCCUCAGGACAGUGGACCGUUCCAACUGAGAAAUACAACACUACAAUCAACGGCACAGACCGCACUACCGGCGCUGGAUUUGCGCAUAUGAUUAUCUAUGACCUCCAAGGACAACGGAUUGCCAAUGCCACACUCACAGCCCCCGGCGAUAUUGAGUAUCAUGGCGGAGGCAUUGAUUAUGACGGCCGUUAUAUCUGGAUCACAAUCGCUCAAUACCGACCCAACUCCACCGCCACCAUUGCUCGCAUUGAUCCACUGAACCUGGAACAGACUCGCCUAUUCCGCACCCAUGAUCACAACGGCGGCAUCGUCCACGACACAACCACCGACGAACUGGUCACGUUGAACUGGGGGGCCCGCAACGCAACCACAUGGUCUCUGAGAAAAUACCCACGGAGGUUCACCCCAUUCCCAGGCUUCACUCCGCCGGUACGAAGCGUCGCCAAUCCCAGCUUUUUCGUGGAUUAUCAGGACUGUAAAUUUCUAGGUCACCAUUCCAUCCCCAGCCUUGUUGCGUUUCAAAACCCUAGCUCCUGGAGCCGCCACGGCCUCGUUCGACCGGUCAUGCUUUGCGGCGGAGUGGCGACGAUUAGCAGCUAUAAUCUGGGUGGAUUGGCGCUCGUUGAUCUGGAGACUAUGUUGCCAUUGUGGGAGGUGCCGAUUUCGCUGACGAGUGAUCUGGGUGUCUCGCUUACCCAAAAUCCGGUGGAUGCGCAAGUUGUGGAUGGGAAAUUAAGGGUCUGGUUUUUGCCGGACCAGAGAAAUAGUACCCUGUAUAUCUACGAGGCGCAGUAA